CAGCUCCCGCAUGUCAGCAAAAUGCCGUGCGAUCAAGGAAGGAAAUCCGGGUCGCAGUCCGUUCCCAACACCUGGGUAUUGUCGGGUGGCAUUUAGGUGUGGUUGCCUUCCAUGUUUAAAACACUCAUCUCAUCCGGCGCCUUGCCUAUCUGGGCUCUGUUACUUUCUUGUUGGUACAACGGAUACAACUUUAAGGCUUGCAGCAAGGUACUACAACAUUCAAAUGCAAGGCACGGUAGUCCGUACGCUCGGCAGUGGUAUAAAAGGAGCGUGUUUUGUUUUCUAUCUCUCUCCCGUGUAACUACCUUACCUAGUACCUACCUAGUCUCGUUGGAUGAAAUAGCUAGGGAUGUUAUCUUGAUGCGUGGUGCCUCGCCGAUCGAUCGUAUCCAUCGCGUGUCUGCAUCGCGUCUGCGGCGUCCGGUGGAUGGAUGGAUACGAAGUGCGGAGAAAGAAAAGCCGUUGCCAAGGCGGGCGGUUCUGAGCUCUCUGUCAGCUGGAUGGAUAACUUCCGAGCUGGGACAAGGGGGGCGCAAGACCAGUGUAUUUUGGCGUAUUCUCAGUGGUCAACUGAAGGUUGCCGGCAAGGAUCGGGUCCGUCUCCGCAGCCCCGAGCAUCCAGCCUCGAUCCGGCAUUCCGGAUCAUUGACGUGGAUAUGAGGUCGACUCCAACUCACUGCUUCGCUACCCUUGGCAGUAUAAAUUCAAAAUAAAUACAGGGCAAACAGCACACAUUUAACGACAACUGUUGCUCGUCUGUAUUGCCAGUAUAGAGCCACAAGUCACUGCGAAAAGGGGAAUGGCUCCCACCAAAACUUGGCCACUAUUGCCAUUUGCGAGGUCCCCCGUACGUUGCCUGACACCUCGUUCUCCUUUUCAGAGCCGUGUGUUAAGCUGUCGCUAUAGUGUUCUUAGCACCAAGUCAAUGGGUAAGCAAAAGCCGCUAGAAUUGGAACUGUAGAGACCCUUU